CCAGAAUGGCAAUGUAAAUUAUCACAAAGUAUUUAUCCCAUUGAUGGCUGCCGCGGAUUCUCCAGUGUCGAACGUCAAUGAUUCACCACAGUCUGCACAGCUUGUUGAUGAAGGAAAGGCAAGUCUUUUUUUUUUAUUUUACAGGCAGAGCGUUUUUUUUUCCACUUUUAGAGCAGCUUCUAUCAACCAGUGAUACAUUUUUGCUGUACUACGGCACAGGUUGUUUAUCGACAAGAUGGCGUGUUCGUGCACACCGCUGUGCCGAUCACAACAACACAGACUGCAAAUAUCAUUCCUGGCAGAGUGAUCGUCAUUGAGAAAGUAAGUUAGAAUCUUGAGGCAGGAAAAAGAUGUCUUAUCUUUAUGUUAGAUUAACUGCCAAUCGCGCCGGCCACAUUCUUCGUACAAGAAGAUCGACGACGCGGCUCUUUGCUGGAGGAGAUUACAUUUGAUGUUUGUAUUUACCUUUUUUAGACACUUGACCCCUUACUCUAACAAAUUUACCCUGAACACGUCAUGUAGCUACCGGCGAACAUUAGACGAGAGUUGUUCAGGUCUUGUACAAAAGAAGUGAGUGGGCUGUUUGCAAAAAGCUGUCAAUGAUGUCACAAGAAAAGAUAUACAUUGUAGAUACAGUGUACAACAUGUAAAGGAUUUAUUGGAAACAUGAGUAAUUUUGUUCAGUGGUGACAGCACUUGGCCCCUACUAAUGUGGCCCGGGACUUGCUUAGUGUUGACACAAUAAGCAUACAUUUUAGAAAAUUUUCCCUUCGCUUUUCUAGGCUCUUCAGCUCAGUCUUUCCAGGAAACCGCAGAAUCAAGGGAGAGCCAAGAGUGCUUGAUAUCAUUCUAGUCUGAAGCUCUGUGCCUUUUUUGCACAUAAGAGCCCAGAAAGAGUGGAUAAGUUUCCCUUGGCUUUCUGGGCUUUUCCAGGAAUUUCUGGAAAGUCUGGAGAAAUAAGUCACUCCUGGCUUUUCCGGGCUUCUUCCUGGCUUUUCCGCAUGGAAAACCAGAAAUUUUACCCUGGAAUUCUGCACUUCUCUUUGCAGGGUAGAUAUGUUGCAGUUUCACUGUAAUAGACCUCUUUAGCUUGUCUGUUUUGUUUUCCCAAUAGAGGUCCCAGGGGAACUUGACCUUUUGUCUUUUCAUAAAUUAUGCAUACAUGUGCAUAUGAAUAAAACGAAAUUUGAGAGAAACAGUUCUCAAGAGUAGGUGUAUAACCACAUGACCUGUAUUGGGAAAACAAAACAUACAAGUUUAAGAGGUCUGUUAAUUCAGUACAAGUUUGGAUCUGAAUUGACUGUUCAACUCAGGACAUACCAAAUUACCUUUCAAGAAUGCAGUAAAUUGGAAUCAAAUGUUGAAAUUUUGCCAUUUUCAGUUUUAAAUGCAUACUGUUGUAUACUGUUUCAAAUUUGUUGUGGAAAAGAUACACAUACAUGUAGUCUUCAUUUAAAUUCAAGGUGAAAUUCAUGGAUAUUGAAAACAUUUGACUUUAAUGUUGCUUUUUGUUUGUUUGUUUGUUUUUUUUUUUCAGCAAAAUAGCAGUUUUGUAGACUGGUCACCCAUUGUGAAUGAAGAAGAAGAAUUUGAACUGGAAUCAAGUGAUUACUCUGAGUGGGACCUUGUCACACAAAGUAAAAGCAAAGAAGAAGGUGACUCAAGAGUACUUUCCCUUUUUGCUUCAAUGACCUUGUCAAAGUUUUGUGCAAAAUGUCACAUUGCUGCAAAAGAAAUAGUGUGCUUUCAAUCAUUCCUGAUGCCACACUUUAAGUUACUACCCUGACAGCUCACCUGCUAAAAAUUCUUGUCAAAAUAGAAAAACAAAUUUAUCUACCUUUAUGUUAUAUACAGUGUGUACCAGAACUUUAUUAAGAAAUUGAAUCAUAAGUGCACAGUGCUUCCUAUGAUUUGGAAGCUCAUGUAAGACAAUGACAUGAAACACCAAUGGCGUUAGUGAGUUUGAAACCAUGAAAUGCACUGUAUGCAUAUCGUUUGUCUCAGGGAUACAGUCUUACCCCCCGUAAGUGACCACCCAAAAUGCAAAGACUGCGUGGUCUCUGAUGGGAGGUGGUCAUUUACAAGAAUCGAACCACAGAGGGUAUCUUCAGAGAAGAGGUCCAGGCACAUCUACUUUUUGGAAGAUAAUUAUUUAUGGCUUCCAAUGUCUAAGUUAGGAUAUGUGUACUUCCAUGUUGUCACUAAAGUUUUUCGUAUAUUCUAAGUAAGAUGCCACACAGAGCGAAAAUAGGAUCAGAGAUUGCAUCAAGUGGUUGUUUACAAGAAGUUGAAAAGAGUGGACAAUCAUUAACCAUCAGGCCCAAAAAGUGGUCACCUAUGCUUACAGGAGGUGGUUGUUUACUAGAAGUUCCAACUGUAAGGCUUUAGCUAGGAAAAUUUUGGUGUUUUGGAUCAGUCGCUUAGGGAAGAUGGUCGCUUACCAGAGGUGGUGGCAGUCAUGAAGGUUCGACUGUAUGAUUUUUAUUGUUUGCUGCCAAGUGGGCAACCUCUUAUUCAGUAUUUAAUGAUAAAGGUUGGUAAUAAACGAAACUAAACCAAUAUUCAAACCUUAAGUGUGCACAUAAUGUACAGUACAAGAUUUCACAAGACGUUUAACACCUUUUAUUGUCUAAAUGUGCAGAUGGAAAUGCUCCUAAAAAGAAGAGAAGGUCAAAGUAUGCUAUUCACUUCAACACAGCAGAGUUACACUCCAUCAGGCGAUCUGAUCCCAAGCUGGCCUGGUCUUAUGCUGUGUUUAUUCUUAAAGAUGGUACCACACUACCAGCCCUUCAUUUCCACUCUGGUGGUAUCAGUGAACUGGUUCGCAGACUGCAGAGAUACAUCUGGCUGACAAGGUAAGUAGAAUACAUAAUUAUACACCACAAUCAUUUCCAGUAAAUCAUAUUUUCUUUUCUUUUGUAAUCACUGCAUAACUAAAUUUUUGGUGCCAAUUUUUUAAUGUCAAAAUUUUGGUUUUUAUGUACCAUUUUGUAUUUUACAAUGUACAUGUAUGUAUGAUCUUCAAUGUGCAAUAUUACAAUGUACAGUAAUGGUCCCUUUCAUUGUCCCUCAACAUCACAGAAGUUUUGUCAAGAGAGAGGUGUCCACAUUUUUGGCAUCAAAAAGUCCAUACUGAUGAUGAAAAUCUGUCUUGAAUCUUGUUCACAGCUCUGAUUGGUUGAGGUGUUUCAUAUUAUUUUAUACAUGUACUCUUUCAGUUAUUGUUUACUAAUGACAGACAAAAGACAAAGAUCAAAAUGUAAGACUAGAUUUUGUUUAAAUCCAAGAGCAGUGAGUUUUGCAUGUACCAUUAUUCACAGCAAAACUUGAAAAUUGUCAUGUUAAUGGACCAGGACAAGGAAAAGCACAAACAAAUCCACAUCUGGAACCCCAUGACCACUGUAUCUGCAUUUAUUAUGUAAUAAUUUAUGUCAUCAGUUGAUAUUUCUAAAGCCAGCAGCAGAGAGCAGUGACACGCCUCAAUGUAUUCGUUUGCAAUUCAGUGCUCCGGCCUUUAACUGUGAUCUUUGCAAUGUGACACUGUGCCCAACAUGUACAGUGUAUAUGGUGUUGGGUUAUACCUGUAUAAUAUUUAACUGUGUACAUGUAUAUAGAUAUGUGUAUUCUCAGAUAAUGUGUGUUGGACCUGGACAGUUGAUUCAAUUUACAUUUUUGACUUAUUUUGCCUCUUUAGAGCACCAAAUAAUAACAAGUUAUUUGUAGUGGCAGAAGAUCAGAGUGCAUUGAAACAGUCACUUGAUCAGCUCCAGUUAUUCUCAGAAGAUAAUCCUCCUUCUGGUGCUCCAGUAAGACAAAGAUUAUUUUAAUACUAUACCCAUUACUACGUACAUUUGUAGUUUAAAGAGGGGCAUGGCUAGGGAGGGAUAGUGCUUGCAGACUGUGGACUUGCAGAGUUUGAGUACAUACAGUGUAAUGACUCACAGUGAACCUAAGUGGACAAUUGUGACCUAGCUAAUACCACAGUAAUAGUAACAAAAUUUAUGCUAAAACUAUACAAUUGUUCAGUGAUUUUGUUACCUCCGUGCCCUGCGACCCUGACGCAUAAAUAUCCCCAAAGAGGCAAAAUAAUUCAUGGCAUGUGUCCCGGAGGACUCAAAGAACAAUCCAUCGAUUUGAAGAUUUUUUGGUAGAAUAAUCUUGUUUCUGUGUUUUUUUGUUACUGUUGUUUAAAGAUGCAUGUUUAUUUUAGUCUUUUUUGUGCUUUAAAUAUAUAGAAGGACUAUAUUUUAAUUUCAGUAAACUGUAAUAUUAGAUAAAGAGUUUUGGCAAUAAAUUGUCUCCAGAUUAACUGUCUGGUUUCAUAAACUGGGACUCAUUGGUUAUGGACAGGGACUCAUGAUUUUUCACAAGAUGAGUCCCAGGACUUAUUUGUAGCAAGAUCACUUGCUAAUGUUUAUGGUCUUUACCUGUGAUCAAAUUUUUUCUAUUUUGUCUUUUGUUGGGUUUUAUCCCUAAUUUGAAGAACUCAAAAAAUAAUAUAAGUCUUUAUUGGCCUGUGUUGAAUUUUCAAAAUUCAUCCCUGACUUCAAGACUGGGGGAAAUAAACAGAAGAAAUGAAUAAUAUUAUUAUGCAUCCCUAAAUCACAAUGCAAUUUCUUUUGUUUUGUACCACUCAGCCUCAGAGCCAGAUGUAAACUUUUAACUAUUCUCAGGGUGCUAAAAAGUUAAUUUCAAGGAAGCACAAAACCUGUCCAGCGUAGAAGGGUCACCCUCCUAGCUGAAUCAAUGUUGACCUCUUUGCCUGAGCCAACAGCACUCAUGCAUGCUCUUAUUGUCUAAAAUAGCUUUCGUGCGUGCUCUGUUUGUCUUGCCUUGACCUAGUUGACCUCGGUGGGUAGACCAUAGUGGAGAAUUAUGCAGAGAGAAUAUGGGGAAAAGUUGACUAUGCUUGAUUGGACAGUGGCCCACAUGUAUCAUCACAUAUCUGCCAAGCUGGGCCAACCUUUUAGUCCAACCAACUUUUUGCCAUGUUUUGUAAGGAAAUGUAAGAAAUGUUGGCUCAUAAAGGGUAGCUCUGAAGUUGUGAAUAUAUGAAAAUCAUAUAUGAGAACUGCGGGGUGAAGAGGGGGUUAUAUGAAAGAAGAUCAUCACAGUUAUAGACACAACUAUAGAGGGUAGCUCUGUUAGGUGGGUGGGCAACUUUUCUUCAUAUAGACAGGGCAUUGGUGGUCCAAAAAAUGAAAGGAAAUAGCAGAAAGCAACAUUGUUUGAAUGGUCACAUGACUUUCCCCUCAUUACAUGUAUCUUCCUGGAAACACACCAAACAAAUAAUGAUUUGUAAUAAUAUGCAUGAAUAAAAUUGUAUGGUUUCAAUAAUAAUAACAAUAAUAAUAAUAAUAAUAAAACCAAUAAUGUUAAAUGUAUUUAUCAUAAUAAUAAUAAUUAUUAUUACUUUAAAUUAAACAAUCUAUAUCUCAGUUCUUCUGUUACUUGAUUCACAGUGGCAAAGAUUUUUUAACAGUGCAUACUAUGAUGGUAUAUAUGCACUGUCUAAAGUCACACGGUAUGUGCGUGAUGUCUAUGAAGGAUUACAGCAAGCACCAGAGAGUACUGAACCUCAGAACCAGUACCCUGGCCCUAAAAAGGAAGUGGAGUUUGAAGAUCUUGGAGAUACAUGUGUUCCAUCUGUUAAUGGCGACAGUAGUUUGCCAGAUAAGGUACCAUGUACACUUAAUACCAACCUAUUAUAUGUAUUUUUUAAAUUUUACUUCUUAUUACUACUCAGUGGCGGAUCCAGGGGGAGACUUAUUAACAGUGCAUACCCCCUCCCCCCCCCUUAUCUUUAGGUCUGGAUCCGCCACUGUCACUGCUACUAAUAAUAAUCAGGGGUUUCAAUAAGAAUUGAAGUAGCUAGCAGGUUUGAAUAGAGUAACCGACUGUAUCAACAAGGGGCCACUAGUGCCCUUUUUCUAAGGGGGGAGGAGAGGGUUUGGGCGCAUUCUGCCACAGAAUGCCUUUAAGAAAACACAUCAUAAUUACGUUUUCAUUCAGAUUUUAUGAUAUUUUGUUCAUCUACAACGUUACAUGUACUCGAACUUGUUGCUUCUUCUUUCUAGAAAAAUGUAGCCAACCUCCACGAGUAAAGUAGCCGACAUGUUUCGUUGGUCGUCGGUGCUUAUUGAAACCCCUGAAUAAUAAUUAUUAAUAAUAAUAAUAAUAUUGUAAAAUUUAAUGGAAGGUGAUGCCUUGUACAUGUGCGAUUUGCAAUAAAUAGUGGGGAAUGAAAGUGCACGAUCUUUUAAAGUACAUUCUUUAGUACUGUUGAUUAUACUGUAUUGUAGGUUAUGUACAUGCAUAAUUUUUGUGUUGUGGUUCAAUUUUAUUUUUGGUUUAAAUUAUAAUUGUUUUUCCUCAAUUGAACUCAGUAUCAUAAUAUAAGACCAUAACCAGAGACAAAGGAACAAAACAUCUACCAACUGUAUCUACUGUACAUGGCUUUGGUUAUUGUUGCUACAUGUAUCAUGUGGUAUUUAAAUUAACAAGUACUUUUGGUUAUUUUAUACAUGAAGUUGAUGAUUUUGUUCUUGUUUAAUGGCAGCGAGAUCUUGGAGAAACCCCUGAAGUAACACGCUGUGAACCAUUGAGACUUAACGAAUGGCAGUCAUUUCUGGAUGACGCUGGAAGGGUGAAUAAUGUGAAGAAACUGCGUGAUAGAGUCUUUAGAGGGGUAUGUACUUUGCAGUACUUAUACAAACAUUAAGUGAGGCCACAACCAGUUGCAAAAAUACACUCCACCAAAAAACUCGCUGUGUCUGUGAGAUAUAGCACUCACCCCUCCCUGCCCUCCAUUCAAAGCUGUCCUCCACGUUUUAAGCAUGGUCUAGUUUUAAUAACACAAUGUUAAUGUAGUUAUCUGCUUCAGUGUCUGUUACGUUUAGGUAAUGAUACAUGUUAUGAAUAGAAAUAUAUGCUCAUCAUGCCUCUCUUGAACUUCUCUCAUUCAGGGUGUUGAUGAUUUAAUACGUAAACCAGUCUGGCAGUAUCUUUUGGGCUAUAAAAAGUAUGGUUACACAGCUCACUCUCAGCAAUCCCUCCUCAAAGGAAAGGAGUAAGUAAAUGUAAAUGACUUGGCAUGUAACUUUCACAUCUCACUGAUUGUGAAGACAUUUUCUUGGCAUGGCUUUCACAGAUGUUUACGUCUCUGAUGCCGCAAGGUUGUCUGGAAGCUCCAAGCGACUUGCAAGAACCGGGUUCUUGUGGUUGUGAACUUAUAUGUAUCUUUGUGGGAUAAUAGAUACCUCAACACCUUUGCUCAUUGUAAUUAUGUUAUUAACCAUAACUAUAACAAAAUUGUCAAAUCUGAUUGGCUAUCAACUGCCCUGAUUUUAGCCUUAAUUGGACAGUUUAGUAAAACAGUACGCGUGAUGCCUAAGUAAUUGGACAGUACGCGCCAUCACGCGCAUGCUUAAAUGGCUUUUUUUUUCACUGAUAGCAAAACAAAAUUUCGAAUUUCUUGUGUUUUGAUUUAAAAUAGCCUAUUAUAUCACAAAUUUUGUUAAAGUUAUGAUUAAUUGGUAACAGAACCUCGUGUAGUCCAAUUCGGUCUGUAAUCAUAAUCGUGAUUAAACAAAUCGGACUCCCACUACGUGGUCGUCCAAUUUUGUUAAUCACUCGUAUGAUUACAGACCGAAUUGGACUCCACUCAGUCCUGUUACCAUUACAUAUGAUAUAGAGAGAGAACUGAUGUGGCUAAUACAUGUCAAAGGCCCUGUCUUCAUACCUAAAAUUCUUUUCCUGGUCACUCAAAAUGUAUUGAAAUGCACUUCUCAGCAUCUCCUAAAUUAACUUUUGCGCAGGGAAGGCUCUUGGACUUACCCAAUCCCUACGCCCAUUUGUUUCAAUAUUAUCUAUCGCCGACUACUUCAGUUUAUUUCCUUCUACCUUAAGUUUUCUGGGGAACCCUUUGAUAGGUUUCAAUAUUUUUACCAUAGAACCUAUCAAAAUUCAAGAUGUUUUGAAGACAAAGUUGUGCAUUUGAAAGAUUUCCUUGCAAUUUUUCUAAAAACUGGGACAUCUUUGCCUUAAUAGUAUCUUGAAUUUUGGAUGGUUCUGUAUUAUGUGAAUUUAUGUAUAUCAAAAACUGUCUCUUGACAUAAAUGUGUGCACAAGUGAAGGCAGGAACGAGAAAACGCCUCUCUUUUUUCUCUUUUCCAUAUUUCUUGCGCUUCGACAACAGUCAGUUGCUUUUGUUCUCUACUAAACUGGGAGUAGGGAGGCAGUACAAAAAGAUGCCAAAAACAUGUUCCAUAUGAAGACUUUAUUUUGUGAUGCAGUACCCUAAAUUAUUCCUUUUGAUUUCCAUUAAUGUUAAGUUCUGUCCUUUCUUGAAAAUGAGUGUUUAUAAACAUUUUUACUCCUGCAAUGUCAGCUUCAUUUUUUUAUUAACUCGCUAUGACUGUUAUUACCGUAUCAUUAAUUUUUGGCAGAGAUGAAUACAGGACAAUGAAAUGGCAGUGGCAGUCCAUGACAAAAACACAGGAAAAAAACUUUUCUGAGUUCAGAGAAAGAAAGCACUUGAUAGGUAAGUACACCUGUAAAAUAAGAACUUUUAUUGUAUGCAUGGGUUAUUGCACGCGGGAAGUUUGGAGAGCAAAAGAGGCGAGAUUGCACGAGGCGCAGCCGAGUGCAACUCUAGCCUCUUGAGUGCUCUCCAAACUUCCCAAGUGCUCAAUAUCUCGACAUACGCACAUGGAUAUAAUCUAGCGGUCAAUGCAACAGUUAACUUAAAAAUUUAAAUUGUUUCAAAGCAGUACGCGUCAAUGUUUACGUGAAAGUUAAUUUUGUGUUUUUAUCCUGAAAGGAGAAAAUGCCUUCCAUUUUCCGGAAAAUUGUUUGCCAUUGAGAGAAAACAACUUCAAAAAAUAAAUCACUGGAGAAUGCGAUAAAACACAUGGUAAAAAUUGCUGAGUUAUGGAUGACAGGAGAUUCAGGAUUGUGUUUGUUUUUCAUCAUCAAGGUCACUAGGCGCGCUAUUGAAUUUGAUUAGGCGAAUUUUUAGCAUUGCAUGCAUGGGUUUGAUUAGCACACAGGAUAUAAUCUAAAAUGUAAAUUUAAGGGUUUAUAUGAAAAUUUAACGUCGCUCGUGUACUGAACAAUGAACAAAUGGAGAAGAACCCAAAAAUGCCUUGUGUACUGAACAAUGAACACAUGGAAAAGAACCCAAAAAUGCCUUGAAACAGAAUACCAUAUACCUAAAAAUCGUUUGUCUGGUUACUGAGAGAAAACUCACCCACAUACUGUGGAUAACUAUGUGGGAAACUGCAGGCGGUCACCACCUUUUUCCAUUUCCUCCUUUCCUAACGUCUGAGUGUAUUUCGAUCAUCGGCGAUCACUGUCUAGUGUGUCAACAUACAUUCAUAUAAUAUGAAAAAAAAGUGUCCAAAAAAAUCGUUUCUUAUUAUACCAAUAAUCUACAAAUGGCAACAAUGUAGAAAAGCGAGAUACUUUAUACCCAAAAUACCGUAUACCUGAAUGAAAAAGACCUCGGACACCCUAAUACCCAAAACCUCUGGCCGGGCCUGAUGAAGCGUUUUCCAAGCUUUGCAAACCCUCCCUAAAACCCCUCUCAGACCCUUCAUAAACACUUUACAAGCUUUUUACAAACGCCUUUGAAAGAUCUAAUUUGGUUUGAUCUAGUUUGAAACUCGGUUGGUUUUCAAUGUUUGAUAAGUCGUGUUUUUCCUUUGGAGGGUUGGUGUAACAAGAUUUUCCGUCUUUGUUUAUAUUAGAGGACGAGAACGACUAAGAGGACGAAAUUUUGACCGGAAAGUUUUAUUGUACUUUUUUUUGACCAGAAGAGUUAGCACUGUUAACUUUGUUGAAGGAGGUUAAGCCUUCUCCUGGUCAAAAAAGGAUAAAACUUCUUACAUUUGAUAUUCAUUUUGUUCCCGCCACUAUUUCAUUCUCGCUAAAACGAGUUGUAGAAUGACGACGACUAUUACGUUUUCCCGCCAAAAUGGCUCCCGCUCCCGCCAAAAUUUGCUCACGCGCGCACUACUUAGUAUUGAGAAAAUCUCGUCCUCGAAUUGAAAGAUAUCUAUUGAUUCUGUACCUACAGAUAAGGAUGUAGCAAGAACAGACAGACUCAAUGUAUUUUAUUCCGAGGCAAAUCAUUCCAAUGUGAAGAAGCUUUAUGAUGUUCUUCUCACCUACUGCAUGUACAACUUUGAUUUGGGUAAGCUGAAAAAGCAUGUGCUCAGUCGAAAUUCGCCACUUUCAGUGAUUUUGUUGCAAAUAGUUAUGGUGAGUCCUGCGACUCAUCUUAUGAAAAAUCAUGAGUCCCUGGCCAAAACUGUUUAUUACAGUUUACUGAAAUUAAAAUAUAGCCCUUCGAUAUAUUUAAAGCACAAAAAAGACUAAAAUAAAUAUGCAUCUUUAAACAACAGCCACAAAAAUCACACGAACAGGAUAUUUUACGAAAAAAUCUUCAAGUCGAUCGAUCGUUCUUUGCGUCCUACGGGACGCAUGCCAUGAAUUAUUUUGCGUCGUGUGCGGAUUUUUAUGCGUCAGGGAGGCAGGACGCAGAGGUAACUCAUCACUGCUCUUUAGAAACGACAAGGAAACUUGGUCGAGUUGACUUUUACAAAGACUUCUGGGACUGUUGCUAGAGACAGGGAAAUGAAUUGGCAAAUAGCUGGCCUACGCGUAACGAUCCCAGAAACACUUGCGGGACGCAUUUCGGCUCCAGUUCUUUCUCGUUUCCAAACUAGCGAAUUUGAUUAUCAAACUUUACAAUAACAGGAGCGACUUUGCUUUAAGUGAAUAAGUUGUAAGCGAAAGAUUCAGGGUGAUGAAAACCUCGGUAGUUACGUAGUCAUAAGCGGCACUUCUUACGUUAUGUUCACGUAGAUAAUUUUCUGUUUAACUGACAUGAUUGUGUUUUACAGGUAAAUGUCCAAGUUUGAAUGUUUGCAACAUAAUCACAGGCGCCUUUAUCAAUUUUUACUGCUAUUACUUUGGAUAAAUGACAAACAUGAAUUUAAAAACUAUUACUACCAUUUUUCUCCUUGUUUUCAGGUUAUGUGCAAGGGAUGAGCGAUCUUCUGUCCCCGAUUUUAGUUGUGAUGGAAGAUGAAGUGGAAGCCUUUUGGUGUUUUGUGGGCUUCAUGGAAAAACUGGCAAGUAUCUUGCAGUAGUCCUACUCAAAAUAUCGCCCUGUGUAAGGUAAUCGAAGACAGUCUUGGAGUCUAACUUCGCUACGUUACAGAAAUCGCGCCGAAAUCAUUGUUAUUAUGCGCGAACAGAAGGCCCAUCCGAUAUGUUUUUCCUGCCCGAGCAAGGGCUGUCCGGCAUAGUGUCAUUGUUACCUUAGUCAGAUGCAUGGGCAACCUUAAUGAUAAAAAGUUUUCUAUUCUCUAGGCACAUAAUUUUGAUGAGAACCAAGAAGGAAUGAAAGCACAGCUCCAUCAGCUGACCGUUUUACUCAAGUUUGUUGAUCCUCACUUCUACAGCUAUUUAGGUAAUUUUUUUAACGCUAAAUAACUUGUAGAGAAGAUAACCGUUCACUUAUGUCUGGGAAUUCUAAGGCGGAUCCCAGGGAAGCAAUAUUAGAGAGCUUUAGUUUUGAGGACGAGAACGAGUGCGAGUACUAGAUUUAACUUAACGUUUUUGUGCGUGUUCCAAAAAAAAGACACCCCAGAAAGCUUCAAUUUACGUUUUUUCACCAAAAUGGUUAGUACGGUUAUUUAUACUGAAGGAUGUUAAGCCCUCUCUCGAUAGCAGAAUGAAAGAACUUCUUACAUUUGAUAACUCUUUUUCCCGCCACUACGACACCCUUGCUAAAACUCGUAGUAGAAUGACAACGUCUAUCGCGUUUUCCCGCAAAAAUGACGCUGGUUCACUCGUGAGCACUACUUUGUAUUGAGAAAAUCUGGUAGUUGUUCUCGUCUCAGAAUCCGAAGCUCUCUAUUAAGGCCGCGUCCACACGACUCCAGAUAUUUUUGAAACCGCUUUUUUUUCACACGAAUCGAUCUUCCGCCAUAUGAAACUAGUGAUUCCCCACCGAAACCGAGACUCCUGAGUGGUUCAAGAUUCCAUCACCCGAAUCUGGGUUAAAAGGUGUGGGCGGUUGCAAACUAAUGUCCAGAUAUCGUGUGGACUGGGCCUUAUCUUCAGAGAAACAAAUGAACUGGUUUCCACCGGGGUCCAGGGCCCGGUUGUUCAAACGUUGGAUAGCGCUGUCCACUGAAUAAAUAACUAUCGUACUGCCGAAUAAAUGUUUGGGAAACCGUUUGCGUUAUCCGGUGGAGAGUGAUUUAUCUAGUAGAUAGCGUUAUCCGCCAUUUGAACAACUGGGGUCAGACAAAAGUUGUCUCCUAGGCAACCGUUUUUUGUGUGACAUUAGUAGGUAGGUGACAUUAGAAUGUCUCGUUAAUGUCUCAUUAUUAUUAUUAUUAUUAUUAUUAUUAUUAUUACACAUUGUUCUCAGUAUCUGUCUUCUCAUUGUCUAAUCAGUGCAACCUAGAGAUUAGUUAGUUAUCUGCUAGCAGAUAACUAACGAAUCUGUAGGUUGCGUGCGCAUUGCCAGAUUUCCAAUAACAAUAUCAAUUCAGGUUCCUUGCGACGGUGUGUUUUUCGUUACUUUCUUCAAAACAAUGUAUAAGAAAAGAAUUAUUAGAUUCGGUUUUUGUGAUAUCCUAAAUAAUCAAGGUCUCGGUAAGUGUUAUCAGCCUCGGCCUUCGGCUCGGCUUAUAACACUUACGUUACCUUGACCUUGAUUAUUCUGGAUAUCACAAAAACCUCAUCCAAUAAUUGUUUAUUAUUAGAUCCAACAUGAAACACAGUGUUGGCCGACAUUUGUAGGUAAUAGUGCACACUCCAGAUAGAUGUUGCAUUGUUUCUCAUUCGGGCAAAGAAUAUCAGCGAUGAAAAUGCUGCUGCUGCUGCCGAUCAUGGUGAUGACGUAGACUUCCUUUUGAGGAUACACUGUUGAGGGUCGUUAUGGGUUUCCAAUAUUUCAAUAAUGUGAUCUGAAUUACAGUGCGACUACUGUUACCGCGGUUACGUAGACAAAAUGUACCAAUUAGAUUACACGAAAAUGACAGUACAGUCCAUGUCUCCUCCGAGAUGGUUCCCGCUGGGUAUCCUAAUAAAAACUGCAAUAAGGAUUUUUUUUUUUUUUUUGCCGAUUGGCCCUCCGUAAACACGUAUCCACUCAAAAGGCAACAGAAAACACAAAACUUUUAAGACGCUCUCCAGAGGGAAAACUUUCUUUAAGCCGUUUUCCCGUACUCUUGUGGACGGAUGAAAACAGAAAUUUCCUUAAACGGUGACUCCACUGUAUCUGUUCUCGCGAGGAAUAAGAAUGUUUCACUCCAAUCGGAUAUUGUAAUUUUUAAGACUUGUUGUACAUUAAUAAGUAGUUUCUUAGAAAUCGAUUUUGAGAUAAAUAUUAGCGAUAAAAAAUCACGACGUUUCGACCUCUCCGAGGUCAUUUUCAAGUGUAUAAAAGUUCUCUAAAUUAGCAUAAAUAAGUUAAAAACAAGUUAUAAUAGAUAAAAAUGUGGUGAACGCUAAAAUGUGAUAAAAUAUGUAAAAAUGUAAAAAGUGCUAAAAAUAUUUAUAAAGUCAAAAACAAUGGAAAUAAAACAAUGUCAACAAGAACUACUCUAAACAAAUAAUUUGGGGCGAAUCGAAUCGCACUGUUUGUUAAGCGUCGGUUUCAGUUCUUGGAUAAAAAACAUUUCAAAAAUAAGGCAGUCAAAUUUGUUCUGACACUUUCUUAAGAUUCUAAAACUUUGUGCGAUGUCUUCAGGCUCCAUAUCAUGCUUCUCUCUGAGGUGGUUUCCGAGUGUAGCCUGUGUGAUGCAGGCUAUGUCGGCUACACGUGCCGACACCUACACCAACGAAUUGAAGAACACAAAGGAUCGGCAGUCGGAAACCACCUCAGAGAGCAGCAUGAUAUGGAGCCUGAAGACAUCGCACAAAGUUUUAGAAUCUUAAGAAAGUGUCAGAACAAAUUUGACUGCCUUAUUUUUGAAAUGUUUUUUAUCCAAGAACUGAAACCGACGCUUAACAAACAGUGCGAUUCAAUUCGCCCCAAAUUAUUUGUUUAGAGUAGUUCUUGUUAACAUUGUUUUAUUUCCAUUGUUUUUUGACUUUAUAAAUAUUUUUAGCACUUUUUACAUUUUUACACAUUUUAUCACAUUUUAGCGUUCACCACAUUUUUAUCUAUUAUAACUUGUUUUUAACUUAUUUAUGCUAAUUUAGAGAACUUUUAUACACUUGAAAAUGACCUCGGAGAGGUCGAAACGUCGUGAUUUUUUAUCGCUAAUAUUUAUCUCAAAAUUGUUGUACAUUUAAGCUUAAAAGCUUAAAAGCUUGAUAUUUUUGAAUUGGACUUAAUAAGUAGGGCUCUGUUUCCGUCCGCCGUCAAGAAUCCAAAAGUACUCGGAGAUACUGAGUUAAACCAUGCGUAAAAGCGCUUGGCGAGACAACUUUUUUCGUGCCUUUUAUUCAUUGUAUACUUUGUGUAAUACAUACAAGAGCUACUUACGAUUCAAAAAGUAAUGUGAAAAAUAUUUGUUUGAUGGAUGGCUUACGCAUUAGUGCUUUUAAAAUAAGAUAUGUUAUACUUGUUUGUCUUUCCAGAAAAGCACGACUCUGGUAACUUAUACUUCUGCUUUAGAUGGCUGUUGAUCUGCUUCAAGCGUGAAUUCUCCUUUCCAGAUAUCAUGACUUUGUGGGAGGUAAGACCACGCCCAACUGGCGCGAAACAGGAAUAAGAACUAUUUGUUCCCCACUUUUGAAGCGGGAAGGGAACUGAAGCCGAAAUGCGUCCCGCGGUUGUCUCUGGGAUCGUUACUGGUGGCGCGUCAGUCAGCUAUUGACCAAUUUUUUCCCUGUUCCUAGUAACAGUCCCAGAAGUCUUUGCGAAAGUUAACUCGGCUCAGUUUCGUUCUUGCUUUUAAAAUGGUGAAUUAGAGUAAUAGUUGUAGGUUUGUUAUGAGAGAGAUUAAGCAUCGCGUUUACGGCAAACGUCAAACGUGAGAUUCAAGUUGAAACAUUUUCAAAAUGAGAAAUGAGCAGAUAAAAAAAUGGCUGAAAACAAUUUUUAUAGAUAGAAUUGGCGUGAAUCUACCGAUUUUCGUGUAGUUGUAAUAAACAGUAAACGUUAAGUACAUUAAAGUAAAUUAAAAAACUUGGUCACGUGGUACAAAUUCACGUUUGCCGUUUGCCAUAAACGCGAUGCUUAAUCUCUCUAUUGACCCCCUAAAAGACAUUGUAAUCGUUUCCAUUUUCCAGACGCUGUGGUCUCAAAACUUGUCACCGAAUUAUCACUUGAUUGUCUGCUUGGCCAUUUUGGACAAACAUCGCCGUAUUAUUAUGGAGAAUGAACUUGGAUUUACUGAAAUCCUCAAGGUGUGUAUAACGCCGUAAAACAGAUUUUUCAUUAUUGCUAGUAAUAGAGUCUGCGGAAUGGUUGGAUCGGACUGGGAAGAAAGGUCGGAAAGGGGAGAAGAUGUAGACCUUUGAAAAUAGUGGAAGCGAGCGCUAAGAGAAAACUAACAAGUAACGUUUAAGUUUUCAGUUGCCAGUUUCGCGUGUUGAGAACUUGACUUCCCAGCCAGGGAAACCAACACCUCAGAGCAUGUCGAAAGUAUUCCAUUUAAUGUUAUGUCACGAUCACUCAAGUCCUUUCGCAAAAAGCCAGUUCAACUCACCAUUUGAUUUUAAAAAAGAAAAAACUUCUCACGGUGUUCGAAAUAUAAAUAGUUUUUAAAAAACCCAUGAAGUUACUUGAAGAAAGAAACUUUAAAAAAAUCACAGAGCAGAAGAGAACGCAAGCUUCUAAAACAUCUUUUCUUCAAUGAUCGUGAUGUGGCGUCGUUUCAUCGCAUGUUUACAUCGUUUCCAUGACAACCCUUCGGGGGGUGAUUUGGCACAUUUGUCUCUCGGAUUGGAAUUAACGAAAGUCGGCGCUGCCUUGCACUCCGACGGAUUUAAUACAAAAGAGCAGGAACCGUUAAAGAGAGUGAAUACGGGAAGUAAAAAUUAAAGUAAGUACGUGUAAUUUCACUCUAGUACCUGCACUAUACAGAGGUCCGUAGGUUAGACUUCUAGUACGCUGUGAUUAAAGAUUCUUUGGUUUGUGUUUGAAUUAUUUCCUUUGUUUAAAGUGCGGUACCCUUCAGGCCACACGUUCUCCUUUUAUGGAAGGAGCCAGGAGGGUGUUGAAAGGAGGCUCUUACACGCAUGCGUAACUUUAGGAGCAGAGAGAACUAGUAGGGAGAGGCAUUAUUCUCACUCGUCGGCUAAGCGGUCUCUCCAUUUCCACGCGCUUUUUACGCGCCUGCUCGAAUCUUUCACUACAACACUUGCCUGUGUGGAAUGCCAUCACAUGGAUCCUUCUUACAACAUUUUGUUUUCUUUGCUAGUAUAUAAACGACCUGGCGUACAACAUAGAUGUACAAGAGGUGCUCAUCAGAGCUGAAGAACUCUGUCUUCAGCUUCUUGCUCUUCCUGAGUUACCAGGGGAAGUUAAGGCCAUACUUAUUGGCAAAAACGAAGCCAUGAUGACCCCCAACGUUGAACGACCAGAUCCUUUCCUUAUGGCUCACAGCAGACAUGUUGUUGAUUUACUAGAAGGACAAGGAGCUGGCACGGCUAGUUCGUUCAUGUAUUCGUCUGCCCUGGCGGCUUUUAACCCACAGGAAUCAUCGCAAGAACUAAACAUUCUAGAAGACUGUGAUUUCACUCAAACGGACAUGAAUGACUUGGAUGUCGGUAUCUCUAGAACAACCCUUAAUGAUACAGAACCCGGCGAAAACCGCGCCAACGAAGAGGUUCUCUCUGAUGAGGAUGAAAUUGUGGUUUUAUCGCAAGAAGCGCAAAAUAUAUUUUAAUAUUUGUAACACAAAUAUGUGAUAAAUGAAACUGAUGGUGAUGAAUGUUUUAAGCAUGGUAACAAAACUAUUUUUUAUGGAGUAUAAUAUAAAUCACUUCUCUUGGUUUGCCCAAACAUUGUAGGGUGGAGUUCUGUGAAAGACGAAAUUGUCUUGCUCCUUGUAGUUUUGACAAGUGUACCUCAAAUUGUGUGCUAAACCAUUUUAGUUUGACCUCGGAUCGGUUACGCUGAAACAAAACUAAAACAACAAGCCAACAAGAAUAAAACAAUAAACACUCGAGAAAUAUUUAAGGUAUUUUCUCUUAAAAUUCCUAAUGUUUCGUAGAGAGAUCUGAAGGAAAGAAAAUUAACCGGUUUGCCGAGGGACUAAUCAUCAAAAAUUUUUUUACAAAACUUCCACGUGUAGAAGUUUGUACAAGUAAAUCUCAGCGAACGGUCAACAUUCCUGGAUAAUCGUGCACUUUUACGAGUGGCAAAGGCGAGGAUGGGGAAAGGGGGUGUUGUUACCCUCAGACAUCACAGAGUUUGCAAUGUUGCCCUCUCAGAGACGUUUGGCGGGAAACAGUUAAAUUGUUACAGCUCUCAUGUGCCAUCGAAGCAAGCAAUGAGAGCACACGCUGUUGGGGAAAAGAUCCCAUUUUUAUAACCAUUUGAUUGGUCGAGCGAACAAAGUCAAAUGCGGGCGGUCUUUCUGUUGGUUUAACAACCUUGCAUUGCAUUAACAGUAGCCUGUGGCCGGCGGGAUUAGCGCUCGAGUGC